UCUCUCAAAAGUUCCAAAAUCUUUGAAGAAAUCUUGCCGACUUAGGCAUUGUCUCAAAGUGUGCUUGAUAAUACGAUUUAGUGGUUUAACUGAUUUUCAGCUCAUACCUUUAACCCUUGAAAGUCAUGGCUUAUGAGUCAGGAACUACAGUGAAAUUAAUAGUAAACUGUGUAUCUGUAUAAGAGUGAGAAAUGUUCUGUACAGUGUGUCCGGACCCUACACCAGUCCUGUUAUUAAAUAUGAUAGACGUUAAAGACACACCAGAGUCAAACAUUGGGUGGGGUGAUUAAGUCCCAGAGAGAGAAGCGUGUUUAGGUUUGGUCCCAUAGUGACCAUGUGUUUACGAAUAUGAACUUGCUAUCCAGUGUGCUGUAUUGUUUUGGGUGCUCACGGUGCCUGGUCCUCUGAGAAAGAAGAAGAGAACAUCACAGUUCUGCUGACACAAACAAACUUUGUGAAGCCCAUGUAGGAGAGGGGUGGAGGGAUACCACAAUGCCCCAGUCUCCACGGCACAAAGCAAUAGGCAGAGAACAAUAUGAACGAACUCUCUGAAGAUGAUUACCGACUUGAGGUGACGCAAAUCCAUAAGGACUUUAGGAUGGAAACGUUUGCAGGGCCAGUGUUUGCCAGCCUGCGGCGCUCUCUGGGGAUGACCGAGAAAGAGUAUCAGCAUUCUCUCUCCUCUGAAGACUGCUACCUGCAGUUCAUCAGCAAUUCAAAGAGCAAAGCAGACUUCUUUCUAACGAAUGAUAAACAGUUCUUCCUGAAGACACAGAGCAGAAGGGAGAUUCGAUUCCUCCUAUCUCAUCUAAAGCAUUACAUGGAACAUCUGGAGAAGUACCCCCACUCUCUCCUGGUGAAGUUUUUAGGUGUUCAUAGCAUCAAGUUCACCCGUCGGAGGAAGUACUUUAUGGUGAUGCAAAGUAUCUUCUAUCCUGAUGAAAGAAUAUGUGCCAGAUAUGAUAUCAAGGGCUGUGAAGUGAGCCGGUGGACCAACCCAGCACCCGAGGAGAGUCAGGUCAUCGUUGUUCUCAAGGAUCUCAAUUUUGAGGGAAAGUUUAUAACAUUAGACAAACAGCGGCCCUGGCUGUUACGUCAGGUGCAAAUCGACACGUCCUUCCUGCAGACACUGAAUGUAAUAGACUACAGCCUCCUGCUGGCCCAUCAGCCCCUGCAUCAGGACGAGCGUCACCCCAGCCUAUCCUUCGCCACCUUUAUCCUGCGCGCCAAGAAAUCCCUUACUGUGCGCUCCACAAGGCCAGUGACAGGCAGGUCAUUAAACACAUGCUCAUCUGCUGCGGUACCAGGAGUGGUGCCUGAGGAAGACUCAAGCAUCCAAAACACAGAACUGGAUUCAGAGACGUCUCGGGCAGAAUUUGGAGAACAGAGCGAGGGGGCCUCUAAGGUUGGAUCAGACUCGGCUGAACUGCUGGAGUUUCAGGCCCAGAACCGGCGUCUGCUGCCUAACUACAAAAACCCGAUUCACGUAAUAGACGGGCCAGAGCAGCGCUAUUUCAUUGGCAUCAUUGACAUCUUCACUGUUUAUGGCUUCAAGAAGAGGCUUGAACACCUGUGGAAGAGGCUGAGGCAUCCUAGGCAAAGUUUCUCCACUGUCAGCCCUCCUGCUUACUGUCUGAGACUGUGCCAAUGGGUACAGGACCAUACCAAGUAGACGGUGAUGGAGGGGAUUAAUAGUGGGGGACAGUAAUAACUGGAAGAUGAGCAGAUGUGCUGAAAAACAUGCUGUAGAUACUCACAUACUGUAUGCUCAUAUUAAAGCAAAAAGAAUGAAAUUUGCUCUGGAAAAUAAGAGUGCCUAUGUGUGUUGGCUAGCAUUUAGCCACAAUGCUAACACAAGAUCUUACUACUAAGGGUUUUUGGUUAAAAAUAACAAGACUACACGCACUACAAUCCCCUCGCAAAGACACCUGAGUAAUUCUAUGUUUAUAGUGAAGUUCAUACAAAGUUGUAAGUUAAUGCAUUAAAGGUUUUCAUUAUAAAAUUCUUUAAAAGUUAUUUACAGUUUAAUUUAAUUCUUAAAAGUAAAAUAUAGAGGUUGGUUUGUGGUUCAAAAGAUCAUAUAGAAAUGUUAACAAAAUGUGUGAAAGUAUUUCUAUUUGUGCUGACAUUGUGGCUACAUAUGGACAUCUGUUUGGUAAAAACUGAACUGGUCAGUGUAAGAAGUGUAGUGAUGAAUGUUGGUGGGGUUUUUUCCCCCUCCUCUUCUUCAGCUACAAAACUCCAAAGAGAUGACGCAUCCAGCUGCAGCGUCUGUUUUCCAAAUGAGAAUACUUUAUAUAUAUAUAUAUAUAUAUACACACACACACAGUAUCUCACAAAAGUGAGUACACCCCUCACAUUUUUGUAAAUAUUUGAUUAUAUCUUUUCAUGUGACAACACUGAAGAAAUGACACUUUGCUACAAUGUAAAGUAGUGAGUAUACAGCUUGUAUAACAGUGUAAAUUUGCUGUCCCCUCAAAAUAACACACAGCCAUUAAUGUCUAAACCGCUGGCAACAAAAGUGAGUACACCCCUAAGUGAAAAUGUCCAAAUUGGGCCCAAAGUGUCAAUAUUUUGUGUGGCCACCAUUAUUUUCCAGCACUGCCUUAACCCUCUUGGGCAUGGAGUUCAUCAGAGCUUCUCAGGUUGCCACUGGAGUCUUCUUCCACUCCUCCGUGACGACAUCACGGAGCUGGUGGAUGUUAGAGACCUUGUGCUCCUCCACCUUCCGCUUGAGGAUACCCCACAGGUGCUCAAUAGGAUUUAGGUCUGGAGACCUUGAGCAAGGCCCUUAACCCUCUCUGCUCCAGGGGGUGCCGUAUCAUGGCUGACCCUGCGCUCUGACCACAGCUUCCUGACAGGCUGGGGUAUGCGAAGAAAACAAUUUCAUUGUGCUCUACUGUAUAUGUGACCAAUAAAGACUCAUCAUCAUCAUCAUCAUUCCUGCAAUGCAUUACAAUAAAAUAGUAAGCAUUUUCAGUUCUUUCUCAUUUUUAUUACAGCUUAAUA